GUCAGAUUUGUCCGAUAGAUUAAAAUCAAUUCGUCUCCUUUUCAUUACAUUUUCGUACUUUUUUUGCUUUUCAGUAUUUUUUAUAUGCACAUCUAUUUAUCAAACAAUUUAGUGUUUCCAUUAUUUUCAUAACACAACUCAUCCCGUUUGACAAAUCAUGAGUGAAUCGUUCAUGAAACAAUAAUAGCACUGAAUUUUUACUCAUCUGCGAGUGUGAUAUCGUAUCGUUAUUAUAUCCAGAAGGUUAGUACGUUACAGAAAACGUUAACGAAAAUAAAUUCUCUCUGUUUUUCCUCGUGGUCGAGAUAUACUCACUUUUGUACAAUUUCGAAAUAAAAAAUCAACUCAAUCAAAUUAAAUAUUCGACCAACACACCAUCCUGGUGUGGUUUUCAACCAUGAGUUGCGUUCGCUGUUGUUUAGUUAAUGCUGGUCGUAUCGCGUCUUCUAAUAAUGUUGCAAACCAUGUUCACAAAAUAGUGCGAGUCGUUGCAAGUCGGUCAAUCGCCACUAGUGGACCACUUGGAAAAGCACCGAGCGACACUAAUCCACCUGGAAAAGAUAUCGGAGCCAACUCCACUACUACUCAAGGCAACGGUGGAACGGGAGGUGGAAAAAAAAAUACACUUACCUGUCCCAAAUGCGGAGAUCCUUGUACACAUGUUGAAACUUUUGUAUCUUCAACGAGAUUCGUGAAAUGUGAAAAGUGCCAUCACUUUUUCGUUGUAUUGUCAGAAAUAGACUCAAAAAAGAGUCUGAAAGAAGCACUCAGACCAGAGGAUCCGAAGCAGGGUUUUUACAGAAAACCACCACCACCUCCAAAAAAGAUAUACGAGUAUUUGAACAAGCACGUUGUGGGCCAAGAGUACGCAAAGAAAGUUCUGAGCGUCGCUGUUUAUAAUCACUAUAAAAGAAUUCACAACAAUUUGCCAAUACAAACAUCGGUGCAAGCUGCUGCCAACCCGGUUGGGACUCAAGAGCUCAAUCAUCCCUUCACACACAGAGGUCUCAAGCCGCCAGAUUUACUUCACGUUUCAAGUAUCGGAAAUCCAUUAGGAGUGGGUUUCCAGCAUGUACCAUUGGGAAGCGACCAGCAGCAGAAAGGAAAUGCAGCUAGUCAAUCGGUGCCAGGUUCUGACAUAUUGGACAGCAAGCAACAUCAGUUGAAGUUGGAAAAGUCGAAUAUACUUUUAUUAGGUCCAACGGGUUCGGGAAAAACAUUAUUGGCACAAACGAUCGCUCAAUGUUUGGAUGUGCCGUUUGCAAUAUGCGAUUGUACAACAUUAACACAGGCCGGUUACGUCGGAGAGGACAUUGAGAGCGUGAUCGCGAAAUUGUUGCAAGAUGCGAAUUACGUCGUCGAUCGUGCGCAAAUGGGAAUUGUUUUUUUGGACGAAGUGGACAAAAUUGGUGCUGUUCCCGGAAUCCAUCAAUUGCGUGACGUUGGCGGUGAGGGUGUGCAACAGGGAAUGUUGAAAAUGCUCGAGGGCACGAUCGUUAACGUUCCUGAGAGAAAUAGCUCGAGAAAGCUGCGCGGAGAUACGCUACAGGUCGAUACGACGAAUAUUUUAUUCGUUGCUUCCGGUGCCUAUAAUGGUCUUGAUAGACUCGUUUCCCGACGCAAAAACGAGAAAUAUCUUGGCUUCGGUGCUACACCCGCUUCCGAGAAUCCUGGACGACGAGCUGCUACCCUCGCAGAUGUUGCUAACAUGUCCCCGUCCACCGAAGAUGAUAACAAAGAAAAGGACAUUCUACUGAGACAAGUAGAAGCCAGAGAUCUCAUCGAUUUCGGAAUGAUUCCUGAAUUCGUUGGACGAUUCCCCGUUCUAGUUCCUUUCCACACGCUUGAUCGUGAUAUGCUCGUCAGAAUUCUCACCGAACCCAAAAACGCUAUGAUUCCUCAAUAUCAAAUGCUCUUCUCUAUGGAUAAAGUGGAAUUAACAUUCACAACGGAAGCUCUUGAGGCGAUUGCUACACAAGCGAUGGAUAGAAAAACGGGAGCUCGAGGACUUAGAGCGAUUAUGGAAUCUUUGUUGUUGGAACCGAUGUUUGACGUUCCUGGGAGCGAUGUGUUAUCGGUGCACGUAACGGAUGCAACGGUACGUGGUGAAUGUCAGCCUCAGUACAUGAGAAGAGGAGGAGAGGCAAGCGAGGAAGAGCCUCAACAAGCUCAGCACGUAAAUAACUAGCAGGAGGGGAAUUUCGGUGUUAUUUAAUCACAGGGGUUAAUAAUUGUCGAUUUUCCACUAAAAUCGAUUCAAAAGAAAAGUAAAGUAGCAGACGGAAGAGACAAGAUUUAGAAUAAACCUUGGAAUUCAUCAGGAAGAAAACAAAAAUGAGCAAACAAUAUUCUACCCUUUAUCACGAGAGGAUAAAAAGAAAAUCAACAAAAACUCUAUUCCGUUCUUACGCGUGCGUAUGAAAAAUGAAGAAAAAUAACAGGAAAUUUGACGUUCGUUAUCAACCGUCUAACCAAGCUCCUCGAGUAUUGUCAAUCGCUUCAAUCACGGAUUUUAUAUAAUUCGUCAAAGAAUCUGGAAAAAAAAAUUAUGUGCGUUUAGUGCCCAAAAUGGUAAAGCGCCCGAGACUAAAAAAAAAAAUAAAAAAAAAAGAUAAACAGUGAUCGAACCUGAAGCGUGGUUUAUAGGUAAAUUCAAUACUGAAAAUAAAUUAUUUUCAUGUGAAUGUAUAGACAGACAAGGGAUGUUUGUAUUAUAUUGUACAUAGCGAUAGAUUAGUAGAAAUUGGUGGAAAUUUUCGAGCGAUUUGAACGAGAAAAUUUUCCAACUGAUUCGUACGAAUCGUUCUUUUCUCUCUUGAAGUUUAUUCACUUGCUACCUUACAAUGAAAAUAUCUUUGAACUAUUCUCGGGUCAAAGAGGUUUUUUUUCAUCUUCUCCGUAGUUACAGAAACAAACAAAAUACGUGCUUUAUCCACCAUAUUUCGUUUUCGGGAAUUCUUUUGAUUUUCUACUAAUCGCAACCUCUUUCCAACGUGAAAUAAAUGUUAAAACCACGAAUUUAUAGGGAAGGGAAAAAUAUUGAAAAAAAUAGCAAAAAAACAAUAAAAAUCGAAAAACUCUAAACUCUCAUUUCGUAUUUGCAUCAAUAAUAAUACGGCAAGUUUGCCACAACCGAAUUAUAUUCAAAUUUCGAAUGUAACAUUGAAAAAGUGUUUCCCCUUAUUUCUCGAACAACUUUUUUUUCGUUCCAUCUCGGAGCAAAUUAAUGAAUUUUUUUUUAUCUUUCCAACGAAUUUUAAGGAUAUUUUACACACACGUUCAUAUACGGAAAUUUUAUUCAAUCAGAAUUUUUAUUGUUAUUUGACAAAAAUCUCGACGAAAUUUAUUAAUGCAAUAAAACAAAUAUGAUUACAUUGCAAACAUUCAAGAUUCCAAUCAAUGAUAAUGCCUAAAAUUCCUGCACUAAUGUAAGUUCAAAACAGACUUUUGUCGUAUUUAACUAUACUGAAUAUUGAUGGAAUAAAAUUUUUAGUUAUGAAUUUUAAAAAAGUAAUCCUCAAGGGAGGUAAUGAGUGGAGCAAAAAUGUGAAACCACGGGAAUCUCUGAUAUUGAAUAUCGACGAGUUUCACGAAGUUAUUAUUAAUAGUUAAUUUACAGUGUACGAUCGUAUAUUUAUAAUAAAUGAAAAUAAAACAGA